UUGGAUGGUGUGGUGGUGGUCUAUGCAGUGACGGUGGAGGUGGAAGGGGAGUGGGUGAGCAGUGAGCAAUUGGACUACCUGACCCUGCAGUCCAACCUGGUGGAGAACUCCUACAGAGAGGUGGAGGAGAGGCCCACAGUGGUCUACACUAUCACUGACUUCAGGAACUACAUCACUGAGGCCCUGCAAAAUGACAACAUCAUCAGUGACACAACCCUGGCCCAAGUAGAGAGUGGUAAGACAUACAGCACUACCCAACACUACCUUACAAUACACUGUCUAUACACUAACAUACACAGCAAAACCGCUAUACACAGUACUCUGGCACUGUAGCCAGACUAACUAUGAGUGGUAAAAUAUACAUUAUAAACCGGGUGGUUCGAGCCCUGAAUGCUGAUUCGCUGAAAGCCUUGAUAUAUUUAAGUGAUAAUGCCAGAGAAGCCGGUGUUUGGAGGAUAUAUUGGCACGGGUGUUGUUAGGCCUGAGACAAAGUCGAGGGCAUUAUCACUUUUAAAGGGUUACCAACAUAUUCAAAUAAUGAUUGAAACAUUUUUAUAAAAAAUAAUAUUUUUAUGAAUUUAUUCAUAUAUUUCAUCCUUCCAUGAGAUAUAGUCCCGACACAAAUCUAGGGUUACUACCCAAGCCGGCUGGUCGUUCGUUCUAUCGGUUCGGUUGCCAGAGAUGUGACACAGUCGUUAAGUCUUUUUGUUUUAAAUCUAUGGACGCGACCCUGUCAUUCGUUCUAAAUGUUCCGUUGCCAUGAUGGCUGGCAACAUUCUUAUCCCUUGCUUGCUAGCUAGCCAACUUCGGCUAACACAGUUAUGUCAAACAGUGCAGCCAGAGUAACAGCAAAGUAGCUGCAUUUGCGUUGUUUAAGCUGUUUUCUGGUGAUUUUUUGGGAUACAUCCAUAACAACGUGCGAUUUCGCCUGGCAUAGAACAUUUGCUCUCUCGCCAGGCCACUGUUCAGCUAACACCAUUUUUGUAUUUUUGUAUUUUAUUAGGAGUGGUAAGACAUACAGCACUACCCAACACUACUGUACAAUACACUGUCUAUGUACACUACCAUACACAGCAAAACCACUAUAAUUAGCUUUUGCGAAAGCAGCAGCUACUCUUCCUGGGGUCCACACAAAACAUGAAACAUGACAUAAUACAGAACAUUAAUAGACAAGAACAGCUCAAGGACAGAACUACACAAUCACUUCAAACUGAAGCUGUAAUGACAGCAAACUAGCUGCAUUUCGUGUUUUUCUAUUUAUUUAUUUUUGUAUGUAUCCAUAAAAAUGAUGCUGAUUCAUGAUUUCGACUGGCUGAGAAAAGCUGCCAGCCUGUCUGUCUCGUCCUGACUCCUGACACGUUCAUUACAUAGGACAGCUGGAGAUCGAAUUUUGAAACAAUGUUGCAAAUGUCGGAGAGACAGAUAGCAAGGUUAUUACAAAUCUCCUUUGUUGAAAUCCAAAUGCUAGUCUAAAUGAAAUGGAAGAUAAUGUAUAGAUUCUUUUUACAGUGUAGAUCUAGUUUAUAAAUUGCCUGACUGGGCUGACGAGACAGUGGAUUGCGCAGUCAGAUGGAACAGAGUAAAUAGGCAUUUUAACCUCAUAGAUUUAGCCUGUGGUAAUUUGUGGAAUAGACACCGGCUGAAAUGCGGUUUUAACCAAUCAGGUAUCCAGGAUUAGACCCACCCAUUGUAUAACAGACCGUAUACCAUGGGUAUGACAAAAAACGUACUAUUUACUGGUUAUUACGUUGGUAACCAGUUUAUAAUAGCAAUAAGGCACCUCUGGCUUAUUGCUUAAAUAUACAACACAAUUCCAUGGGACCAAACACAAUACAAUGAAGCCAACGACACCAAUUGGAUCACUGUAUCUGAUUGUAAGACACCUAGUUCCACCAGAGCCAGCCCUAACCUACCCUAGUUGUCCCACCUCCACCUAUCCUGACACUGGCUCUCUGAGGCCUCAUUUCCUUCAUUCUACUCAGCAGCACUUUGUCUUACGCAGUGUUUUGUGGUGAAGAGAUUUCUGUGGGUAAUUUUUGAUGAACAAAUAACAGACUAAUCAUUUAUAGGGACUGUGUAGCCCUUACCUCUCUCUCUCUCUCUACUUCAUCUAUGACCUUUGCACACACACACACACACACACACACACACACACACACACACACACACACACACACACACACACACACACACACACACACACACACACACACACACACACACACACACAUAGUCAGUAAGUAGGUUAGCUCUAACUCCUGGCAGGGUUUUUUCUUCCAGCGAAUGGAACACGUUCUAUGGUAAUGAUGAUUAUACCAUCUCCCUGGUCUAUGGGAAUUCUCCCUGACAGUGUUGUAAAAGAGUUGGUGUCAUUAGUUUACUGUGUUUCCCUGUAGAUGGAUGCCAUCUGACGGCCUGAUUCAUUAUGUGCCGAGACAUCUGAUAUGAGGGGUAAAUACUGUCAGAUGCCUGCCUGCCACGGUGUGUGGUGACUUACAGGCACUGCUUGGUUCCAGGCUCCAGCCACAGGCUCCAGGCCUGAUGGUAAUGCAGUAAUGAUCUUGGCCCAUAGUGGCAGGUAUAGGGUCCAGAUCUGUAGCGUGAUUAGUAGGGCUCCCCUUAUGUAAACACACAGUCGGCACCAUCGCUCUCAGGACUGGGGAGAGGGAGAAUGGAUUCUAUAGAAAAGAUGGAGAGUGAAUAAACGUUGUUCCUCCUGUACAUUAUGAGAGAAAGUUUGACUUAUUAUGCAAUUAAGUUUGGCUUCCAACUGCAAACUUUGUUGGGUGCAUUGAAUCAAGUGUGGGAAAGGAAAGGGGAUAUGUACUCAGUUACACAACUGAAUGCAUUCAACUGAAAUGUGUCUUCCGCAUUUAACCCAACCCCGCUAAAUCAGUGGACGUCAUCGGUUACUGGCCCAACGCUCCACUAGGCUACCUGCCACCCCUAUGGGGAAGAACAUGUUGUUGUUGAUUGUUGUUUUAGGCCUCCCUAUGACUCACAGUAUUGACUCUGUGUCCUCUUUGGUUCCACAGUGUCCAUUGUUCCUGAGUCCUUCGAGCCCACGGCUGGAAUUACCAAGGAUGACAGCGUGGUAAGUCAGAGGUCAUCUCCAUGACAACAACCCUAGACCUCUCCUGUUGGUCCAGAUGUUAUUUCUGGGAAACAGUGAGAGGCACAGUCCUAUAUGGCUGUGAUGAUGUAUGCUGAGCAUUCAGCUUUAGAAAUAUCAAAACAAAUCCACAUAGGAGUGCUUGUCAGCAUGGAGUAUAUUAGAAUGUUGUGUUUGAGGUAGUGUCUUGCUGAGACUGCUGCUAUGUGGUGUUAACCAGGACUCUCCUGUCCAGUGCUGAGACUGCUGCUAUGUGGUGUUAACCAGGAUUCUCCUGUUCAGUGCUGAGACUGCUGCUAUGUGGUGGGACCAGGCUCUGUCGCAGCCGGCCGCGACCGGGAGACUCAUGGGCGGCGCACAAUUGGCCCAGCGUCGUCCAGGGUAGGGGAGGGAAUGGCCGGCAGGGAUGUAGCUCAGUUGAUAGAGCAUGGCGUUUGCAACGCCAGGGUUGUGGGUUCGAUUCCCACGGGGGGCCAGUAUAUAUAUUUAAAAAAAAAAUGUAUUCACUAACUGUAAGUCGCUCUGGAUAAGAGCGUCUGCUAAAUGACGUAAAUGUAAAUGUGGUGUUAACCAGGACUCUCCUGUCCAGCGCUGAGACUGCUGCUCGGUGGAAGUAAAGGAUGAGGGGGAAGGCUUUGAAGAUUAGCUUGGCUCUUGAUAUAAUAAUCCACUACUAUUCUGGGAUGAGAGAGAGCGAGAGAGAGAGCGAGAGAGAGAGAGAGAGAGAGACUCAAACAGUUUGUGAAUGCAGGACCCUAUGAUCUUUCUUGAUUCUGCCAGACAGAAGCCAUUAAAGUUUUAUCAGGCAGUAUUAUGCCUUGGAGUAGCUGUCACACCAUGUAGGUAGACUAAACUUAAUGACAAUACGCAGAGCAUGUGUAUGUCAGUAAAUCAUUUUUGUCAGUCAUUAAGGCAUGGAAACCUAUAAUUCCCUGGCCUUGCAAUUUUGAAGACUACUGAUUAUAAUAGUAUGGAGUUCAGGGUUGGGGUCAAUUCCAUGUCCUGAAAUGACUGAAAUGGAAUGGAACCCCAACCUGAUUGUGUAACAGUUUAGGUUCCAAUGUGUUUCUCCUCUAAUGUUUCUGUUGUCCAGCAGGAAAUAUUGGCUGCUGAGAUGCCCCUAGAUGCCCCUGAGGUUAAAGCUGAGGAUGUGGCGACGGGAGAGAAUGAUGUUAUCAUUCUGGAGGAGAGUGUGACCCUCCCCCCUGAGCCUGAGGUGACCAUCGAUGACACGGGCAUGGAGGAGGAGGGUCUGCUGUUGGGGAACACUGUGGCUACAGAGAGCCCUCCCCUGGAGCACCUCCCUGCAGACCCUACCUCCCCCGAGCAGCCAGAGGGCACUACGCUCCCCGAGCCACCUCUGGAGAUAGAGGCCUCUGGGUCAGGUGUUGACGGACUCGAGGUCCUGUCCUUCCAGCCCGAGGAAGAGGAGGCUGUAGAAGAAGAGCCAGCUCCAGCUGCAGAUGAGGAACUUACCGUAGAUGAAGAGGUAAUUCUGGAAGAGGUGAUUAUAGAGGAAGAGAUCCUAACAGAGGAAGCAGAAGCGGAGGUCCCUGAGGAAGAGGAAGCAGUGGAGGUCCCUGAGGAAGAGGAAGCAGUGGAGAUCCCUGAGGAAGAGGAAGCAGCGGAGGUCCCUGAGGAAGAGGAAGCAGUGGUGGUCCCUGAGGAAGAGGAGGUAGAGGAGGAAGCAGAAGCGGAGGUCCCUGAGAAAGAGAAGGUAGAGGAGGAAGCAGUGGAGGUCCCUGAGGAAGAGGAAGCAGCGGAGGUCCCGGAGGAAGAGGAAGCAGUGGAGGUCCCUGAGGAAGAGGAGGUAGAGGAGGAAGCAGAAGCGGAGGUCCCUGAGAAAGAGAAGGUAGAGGAGGAAGCAGUGGAGGUCCCUGAGGAAGAGGAAGCAGCGGAGGUCCCGGAGGAAGAGGAAGCAGUGGAGGUCCCUGAGGAAGAGGAGGUAGAGGAGGAAGCAGAAGCGGAGGUCCCUGAGAAAGAGAAGGUAGAGGAGGAAGCAGUGGAGGUCCCUGAGGAUGAGGAGGUAGAGGAGAUCCCUGAGGAAGAGGAAGCAGCGGAGGUCCCUGAGGAAGAGGAAGCAGUGGUGGUCCCUGAGGAAGAGGAGGUAGAGGAGGAAGCAGAAGCGGAGGUCCCUGAGAAAGAGAAGGUAGAGGAGGAAGCAGUGGAGGUCCCUGAGGAAGAGGAAGAAGCGGAGGUCCCUGAGGAAGAGGAAGCAGUGGAGGUCCCUGAGGAAGAGGAGGUAGAGGAGGAAGCAGAAGCGGAGGUCCCUGAGAAAGAGAAGGUAGAGGAGGAAGCAGUGGAGGUCCCUGAGGAAGAGGAAGCAGCGGAGGUCCCUGAGGAAGAGGAAGCAGUGGAGGUCCCUGAGGAAGAGGAGGUAGAGGAGGAAGCAGAAGCGGAGGUCCCUGAGAAAGAGAAGGUAGAGGAGGAAGCAGUGGAGGUCCCUGAGGAAGAGGAGGUAGAGGAGGAAGCAGUGGAGGUCCCUGAUACAGCAGAGGUUCUAGAAGAAGAAGCUGAACCCUCAGAAAACCUUGAGUACUCCAUCAUAGAGACAGAGACCAUAGAAGAGUUGGAGGAAGAGGCCCCUGCCUUCGUCCCUGUGGAAACAACGGAAGCUCCCGAGCCAGUGGAGAACCUUAAUGUCCCCGAGAAUCCCCCUGCCAUCGAGACUGUACCCCCAGAUGAGCCUGAAGAAGAAGCUAACGAGGUGUUUGCUUAUCCAGAAAUACCAGAAUAUGGAGAGGAAGUUAAGAGCGUAGAGGAGGGACCAAUCAUCGAGCAGCCAGUAACUGGAGAGGAUGCCUUGGAGGUGGCAGAAGAAGAAGUGGUGAUGGAACCUCCGGACAUUACUGAGAUCUCGGAGGAGGAUCUGGUAGAAGAUGAGAUGUUAUUGGUUGACGAGGCUGUUCCAGAGGCCGCUCAUCCCACCCCUCUCUCUGCAGAGAAGGAGUCGCCCUUCACCCGAGUCUCUGAUGCCAUAGUAGUGGAGGAGGCUACAGAGGCCACGGCCCUGGACACAGCCCCAGAACCAGAGGCAAAAUCAGGGAACCAGGGGGUCACCCCAGCUCUCAGACCCGCAAAGUACUACCCUGGCCCAGACAUUUCCAUCACUCUGGAGGUAAUAAAAGAUGACGGAGAGAUGAUGGUUGUAAUGUAUGUUAGUCAGGGCCCUGAGUUUUUCCUGUCUGAGUGACCAUGUGACCUGACUAGGAUAAACUCCCCAUGUUAUAGUACUUUACUCAGUCUAUUCAUCUGUUUGCACAGAUAUUUCCUUGUUGUAUCAUGAAUGUUACCAAAUGUUGUUCCACACUGACCAAUUGCACCAUGAAUUGUUUAAUAUCUGUUAAACCAGCUGCAGACGAUAGACCCUGUGACAGACUAUGACCAAACAGAGGAGGGGAGCAGCGGGCACCCCUCUGGAGGGGUACAUGGUAUGGACCACAGCGUUGCCAUGCCAAUCAACCCUGGGCGGGCGCUGAUGGUGUUCUUCAGUCUGAGGGUCACCAACAUGAAGUUCUCAGAUGACCUCUUCAAUAAGAGCUCCCCGGAAUACAAGGCCCUGGAACAAAGGUUCAUAGAGCUGGUGAGCUGUUACGUUUUAGCAUUUAUUCCCCCCUUUCCCCCUGUAGACUUAAUUUGAAAAUACAUGUUUCACUUGAAGUGUUGUGCUGUAUGUAGAGGGUGCUCACUCUCUGUAUAUCACUCUCUCUCUCUCUCUCUCUUUCUCUCUCCCUCACACUCUGCCCCCCUCUAGCUGGUCCCCUACCUCCAGUCCAACCUUAGUAACUUCCAGAACCUGGAGAUCCUGAACUUCCGGAAAGGGAGUAUCGUGGUCAACAGCCGAAUGAAGUUCGGGAAGCCGGUGCCUCGCGGCGUCAACACUGCAGUCUACCUGAUCCUGGAAGACUUCGCUAACACAGCCUACCAGACCAUGAACUUGGCCAUCGACAAGUACUCACUGGACGUAGAGUCAGGUAAGUUUGACAACUACCACAUAUUUCACCGGAGACACAAGGGAGGGCUCCUAAUUAUCCCAAAUGAUUCCUAGGCACUCCUCCUUUAGGUUUUGGGGAGUUCAAAUGCAUUAAAAUGUACAUAGCCACAUGAAUUGUCAGUUUAAAGCAUGGCACAACGGAUCCAUUUUGUCAUGAAAGCGCUCUCCAGGGAGGUUCUGUUCUAGACAGAAGACAAAGAGACAGAGUCACUUUUCAAAGGCAGAGACUGAGGGUAUCUGUGUGUGUGUGUGUGUCUGUCUGUGUGUGUGUGUGUGUAGGCAAGGUGUUAAAUGUCUCAGGGCGUUGUCAUGCGUUCCUUCCAUUACUCAAUGUCUUGGUCACACUGAUUGUGUAACUACAGCAAGAUAAUCCAUAUCACACUUUGGAGUAGCAAACCGUGAGAAAACAUCCACUUCCUUUUCCCUCCCAUGGGACAUUUGUAUUUUCUUUGGUGAUACUUGUUAUUGGCUUUAUGAAGUGAAGUUAUAUUAAGUUACACAGUAUAUUACAUUAUUAAGUUAAGUUUAUUAAGGUAUUGAACAUAUGACACAUGCAUCAAUAUACAGUCCUGCAAUAUGUUUGUAUGUGUGUAAUCUCUUCCUCUCUCCUAGAGGCUCAGAGACUAGCGUGACUGUAUGUGACAGUGUUUGUUUGUGUGUGUGACAGUAUGGGGAUCAUAUGAGGCCUUAGAUAAUAUCAGACUGAUGACUCACUCGCCCCUCUGUUCAUGUCUCAUCAUGACAGAUGAGCCGUCAUAAUCUGUCUGAGCCAAUCACAACAAAAAUAGCUAAGCCUUAUUAUGAUUAUAUCCCAACAUUACAUUUCUAGGAUUCUAUUCUAUUCUUAUUAAUAACCUUUUACAUCUACUAAUUGUAAUAUCCCCCUCUUCUAAUGCAAGGAGAAACUAUGCAGGAUAUACUGUACGCUAUGACUCAGGACUAAACUUACCAUAAAUAUCCAGAGCAAUUCAAAACAAUGUAUUUGAAUUGGAACUGGUGAACUGGACAAUGUGCACUUAUCAGGAGUUGACUGUAUGUGCCCUAACACUUCCUGUGUGUUGUUGCCAGGUGACCAGGCGAACCAGUGUAAGUUCCAGGCAUGUAACGAGUUUGCCCAGUGUUCUGUGAACCGCUGGUCUGGCGAGGCGGAAUGUGUGUGUAAUGCUGGAUACUUCAGCGUGGACGGACUGCCCUGUCAGAGCAUCUGUGACCUGCAGACAGACUUCUGUUUGAACGACGGGAAGUGUGACAUCAUACCUGGACAAGGGGCCAUCUGCAGGUCGGUGUGUGUGUGUGUGUGUGUGUGUGGGGGGGGGGGGGGGGGGGGGGAGUAUUGAUCGCCUCCAGAGUGAGUGUGUGUGUGUGUGUGUGUGUGUGUGUGUGGGGGGGGGGGGAGUAUUGAUCGCCUCCAGAGUGAGUGUGUGUGUGUGUGUGUGUAUAUAUACAGUGAGGGAAAAAAGUAUUUGAUCCCCUGCUGAUUUUGUACGUUUGCCCACUGACAAAGACAUGAUCAGUCUAUAAUUUUAAUGGUAGGUUUAUUUUAACAGUGAGAGACAGAAUAACAACACAAAAAUCCAGAAAAACGCAUGUCAAAAAUGUUAUAAAUCAAUUUGCAUUUUAAUGAGGGAAAUAAGUAUUUGACCCCUCUGCAAAACAUGACUUAGUACUUGGUGGCAAAACCCUUGUUGGCAAUCACAGAGGUCAGACGUUUCUUGUUGUUGGUCACCAGGUUUGCACACAUCUCAGGAGGGAUUUUGUCCCACUCCUCUUUGCAGAUCUUCUCCAAGUCAUUAAGGUUUCGAGGCUGACGCUUGGCAACUCAAACCUUCAGCUCCCUCCACAUAUUUUCGAUGGGAUUAAGGUCUGGAUACUGGCUAGGCCACUCCAAGACCUUAAUAUGCCUCUUAUUGAGCCACUCCUAUGUUGCCUUGGCCGUGUGUUUUGGGUCAUUGUCAUGCUGGAAUACCCAUCCAUGACCCAUUUUCAAUGCCCUGGCUGUGGGAAGGAGGUUCUCACCCAAGAUUUGACGGUACAUGGCCCCGUCCAUCGUCCCUUUGAUGCGGUGAAGUUGUCCUGUCCCCUUAGCAGAAAAACACCCCCAAAGCAUAAUGUUUCCACCUCCAUGUUUGACGGUGGGGAUGGUGUUCUUGGGGUCAUAGGCAGCAUUCCUCCUCCUCUAAACACGGCGAGUUGAGUUGAUGCCAAAGAGCUCAAUUUUGGUCUCAUCUGACCACAACACUUUCACCCAGUUCUCCUCUGAAUCAUUCAGAUGUUCGUUGGCAAACUUCAGACGGGCCUGUAUAUGUGCUUUCUUGAGCAGGGGGACCUUGCGGGCGCUGCAGGAUUUCAGUCCUUCACGGCGUACUGUGUUACCAAUUGUUUUAUUGGUGACUAUGGUCCCAGCUGCCUUGAGAUCAUUGACAAGAUCCUCCCGUGUAGUUCUGGGCUGAUUCCUCACCGUUCUCAUGAUCAUUGCAACUCCACGAGGUGAGAUCUUGCAUGGAGCCCCAGGCCGAGGGAGAUUUACAGUUAUUUUGUGUUUCCUCCAUUUGCGAAUAAUCGCACCAACUGUUGUCACCUUCUCACCAAGCUGCUUGGCGAUGGUCUUGUAGACCAUUCCAGCCUUGUGUAGGUCUAUAAUCUUGUCCCUGACAUCCUUGGAGAGCUCUUUGGUCUUGGCCAUGAUGGAGAGUUUGGAAUCUGAUUGAUUGAUUGCUUCUGUGGACAGGUGUCUUUAUACAGGUAACAAGCUGAGAUUAGGAGCACUCCCUUUAAGUGUGUGCUCCUAAUCUCAACUCGUUACCUGUAUAAAAGACACCUGGGAGCCAGAAAUCUUUCUGAUUGAGAGGGUUCAAAUACUUAUUUCCCUCAUUAAAAUAUAAAUCAAUUUAUAACAUUUUAGACGUGUUUUUCUGGAUUUCUUUGUUGUUAUUCUGUCUCUCACUGUUCAAAUAAACCUACCAUUAAAAUUAUAGACUGAUCAUUUCUUUGUCAGUGGGCAAACAUACAAAAUCAGCAGGGGAUCAAAUACUUUUUUCCCUCACUGUAUGUGUUAUUGUGUUGCUCUAACAUAUCAUUCUUACUAUUCUAGCUGUCAUUUAGUUGGGUUUUGGGAGUGUUCUAGGUGUGUGUGUGUGUGUGUUUAGUUGAGUACUGGGAGUGUUCUAGGUGUGUGUGUGUGUGUGUGUGUGUGUGUUUAGUUGAGUAUUGGGAGUGUUCUAGGUGUGUGUGUGUGUGUUUAGUUGAGUAUUGGGAGUGUUCUAGGUGUGUGUGUGUUUAGUUGAGUAUUGGGAGUGUUCUAGGUGUGUGUGUGUUUAGUUGAGUAUUGGGAGUGUUCUAGGUGUGUUUGUGUGUUUAGUUGAGUAUUGGGAGUGUUCUAGGUGUGUGUGUGUGUGUUUAGUUGAGUAUUGGGAGUGUUCUAGGUGUGUGUGUGUGUUUAGUUGAGUAUUGGGAGUGUUCUAGGUGUGUGUGUGUGUGUGUGUGUGUGUGUGUGUGUGUGUGUGUGUGUGUGUGUGUUUACUUGAGUAUUGGGAGUGUUGUGUGUGUGUGUUUAGUUGAGUAUUGGGAGUGUUCUAGGUGUGUGUGUGUGUGUGUUUAGUUGAGUAUUGGAGUGUUCUAGGUGUGUGUGUGUGUGUGUUUAGUUGAGUAUUGGGAGUGUUCUAGGUGUGUGUGUGUGUGUGUGUGUGUGUGUUUAGUUGAGUAUUGGGAGUGUUCUAGGUGUGUGUGUGUAAGUGGCACUGACUGUUCUUCUUUGUGGUUCUAGAUGUCGUGUAGGGGAGAACUGGUGGUACCGUGGAGAACACUGUGAGGAGUACGUGUCAGAACCGCUGGUGGUCGGAAUAGCGAUUGCCUCCGUAGCAGGUUUCCUAUUGGUGGCUUCCGGUGUGAUCUUUUUCCUGGCAAGGACACUACGGGAUCAGUAUGAUAAGGAUGAGACAGAGGACCCCAUACGGUGAGAGUCAACACACACCACUCCUGCUUUGACAUAGCCUCGCAAUGGGAUGGUACAUUUUCUCACCUGUUGGAUAGGGACUGCAAUCCAGUCAUACUAGUACUAAGAGGUGUGUUUGUGUACAGUACAUGUGUGUACAGAGUACGUGUGUGUGGAGGUCCUGUGUGGCUCAGUUGGUAAAGCAUGGCGCUUCCAAUGCCUGGGUUGUGGGUUCGAUUCCCAUGGGGGACCAGUACAAAAAAAUAACGAAAUUGUAUGCAGUCACUGUUGUAAGUCACUCUGGAUAAUGACAAAAAAAGAAAAACAAUGUGUGUUAGUAGCUGAACAAAGUGUAGGUGUCUCUAAUCCUGUCAGGAACAGCCAUAGCCUCUACAUUACACUACAGUACAAUAUAGCGGCUUUAGAGGAGUUAUGUUAGUAGUAAAUACCACUACAGAUUGAACCUGUCUGAAUAUUUACUGUAAGAGGAUAUCCAAUAUUCAAGCCUGGGUCAGACAUGAUUAUAUCAGAAGACUUGUCUGUCUCCUGCUCCUUUUAGUAGACUAAGCUUAGCUCUCUCUCUGUCUCUCUCUCUCUGUCGCUCUCUCUGUCGCUCUCUCUGUCUCUCUCUCUGUCUCUCUCUCUGUGGCUGUCUGGCCCCCCAGGCGAGGGGAGAGUAUCCCGUCUCUAGAGAGGGCCACUAAGUACAACCCCAUGUAUGAGAGUGAGGCUACGAUGGGCUACAGCCACUACUACCGCCGCUACCCAGAGGCCCCGGUCUACAGCAGCACCAGUGCAGAGGCCUCCACAGACUUCAGCAGCGAGGAGAUACGCCACAUCUACGAGAACAGCGAACUGACCAAGGAGGUGUGUCUAUGUCUGUCUGUGUGUGUGUCUGUGUGUGUGUCUGUGUGUGUGUCUGUGUGAGUGUCUGUUUGUGUGUCUGUGUGUGUGUGUGUGUGUGUGUCUGUGUCUGUGUGUGUCUGUGUGUGUCUGUGUGUCUGUGUGUCUGUGUGUGUCUGUGUCUGUGUGUGUGUCUGUGUGUGUGUCUGUGUGUGUGUGUGUCUGUGUGUGUGUGUCUGUGUUUCUGUGUGUGUCUGUGUGUGUGUAGGCUGGUGGGGUGGAGGGAAGGUGAAAGCCAAAGUUUGGGAUCCCGUCCCAUACUUAUCUCAUGUACAGUGGGGAAAAAAAGUAUUUAGUCAGCCACCAAUUGUGCAAGUUCUCCCACUUAAAAAGAUGAGAGAGGCCUGUAAUUUUCAUCAUAGGUACACGUCAACUAUGACAGACAAAUUGAGAAAAAAAAUUCUGAAAAUCACAUUGUAGGAUUUUUUAUGAAUUUAUUUGCAAAUUAUGGUAGAAAAUAAGUAUUUGGUCACCUACAAACAAGCAAGAUUUCUGGCUCUCACAGACCUGUAACUUCUUCUUUAAGAGGCUCCUCUGUCCUCCACUCGUUACCUGUAUUAAUGGCACCUGUUUGAACUUGUUAUCAGUCUAAAAGACACCUGUCCACAACCUCAAACAGUCACACUCCAAACUCCACUAUGGCCAAGACCAAAGAGCUGUCAAAGGACACCAGAAACAAAAUUGUAGACCUGCACCAGGCUGGGAAGACUGAAUCUGCAAUAGGUAAGCAGCUUGGUUUGAAGAAAUCAACUGUGGGAGCAAUUAUUAGGAAAUGGAAGACAUACAAGACCACUGAUAAUCUCCCUCGAUCUGGGGCUCCACGCAAGAUCUCACCCCGUGGGAUCAAAAUGAUCACAAGAACGGUGAGCAAAAAUCCCAGAACCACACGGGGGGACCUAGUGAAUGACCUGCAGAGAGCUGGGACCAAAGUAACAAAGCCUACCAUCAGUAACACACUACGCCGCCAGGGACUCAAAUCCUGCAGUGUCCCCCUGCUUAAGCCAGUACAUGUCCAGGCCCGUCUGAAGUUUGCUAGAGUGCAUUUGGAUGAUCCAGAAGAGGAUUGGGAGAAUGUCAUAUGGUCAGAUGAAACCAAAAUAUAUAUUUUUGGUAAAAACUCAACUCGUCGUGUUUGGAGGACAAAGAAUGCUGAGUUGCAUCCAAAGAACACCAUACCUACUGUGAAGCAUGGGGGUGGAAACAUCAUGCUUUGGGGCUGUUUUUCUGCAAAGGGACCAGGACGACUGAUCCGUGUAAAGGAAAGAAUGAAUGGGGCUAUGUAUCGUGAGAUUCUGAGUGAAAACCUCCUUCCAUCAGCAAGGGCAUUGAAGAUGAAACGUGGCUGGGUCUUUCAGCAUGACAAUGAUCCCAAACACACCGCCCGGGCAAAGAAGGAGUGGCUUCGUAAGAAGCAUUUCAAGGUCCUGGAGUGGCCUAGCCAGUCUCCAGAUCUCAACCCCAUAGAAAAUCUUUGGAGGGAGUUGAAAGUCUGUGUUGCCCAGCGACAGCCCCAAAACAUCACUGCUCUAGAGGAGAUCUGCAUGGAGGAAUGGGCCAAAAUACCAGCAACAGUGUGUGAAAACCUUGUGAAGACUUACAGAAAACGUUUGACCUGUGUCAUUGCCAACAAAGGGUAUAUAACAAAGUAUUGAGAAACUUUUGUUAUUGACCAAAUACUUAUUUUCCACCAUAAUUUGCAAAUAAAUUCAUUAAUAAUCCUACAAUGUGAUUUUCUGGAUAGUUUUUCCUCAUUUUGUCUGUCAUAGUUGACGUGUACCUAUGAUGAAAAUUACAGGCCUCUCUCAUCUUUUUAUGUGGGAGAACUUGCACAAUUGGUGGCUGACUAAAUACUUUUUCCCCCCACUGUAUAUCAUUGCCUUCCUUAAUCUAAUCUGUACAAUCUGGAUAUAGACCAACCGAUUGGACACAACGUCUGUCUGUCAUGUAACAUUUCUCACCCUGUUAACCCCACCCACUCUUCUUCCACAGGAAAUCCAGGACAGGAUACGCAUCAUAGAGAUCUACGCGAAGGACCGGCAGUUUGCAGACUUUGUGCGUCAGCAUCAA